CUCAGCCGUAUCCGGUGGGGCAGCGGUCCAGGGCUCGGGAAAAAAAUCGAAGCUAGGAGGAUCUGGUAACGGUACGCUUUGAGAAAUAUCACCCAUCCCGAGUCGCUAUCGAAGGGCUCGGCAGGAAUUCACCGUUUCUUUUAAAAGGUUAGAGGUCACAGAGCAGGGUUGCGGUUGUCGUCAUGGCAUCUGGAAGUACGAGCAGCGAGGAGGAGCGGAGCCUGAGGGAGUGUGAGCAGUACGUGCAGAAACACAACAUUCAACAGCUGCUGAAGGACUGCAUUGUCCAGCUGUGCACCUCCAGGCCGGACAGGCCCAUGGCCUUCCUCAGGGAGUACUUCGAGAGGCUGGAGAAGGAGGAGGCCAAGCAGAUUCAGAACCAGCAGAAGGCCAGCAGUUCCCGCUCAGACUCACGUGAUGAGGAGGUGUCUCCACCCAUGAAUCCUGUGGUAAAGGGCCGCCGGCGGAGAGGAGCCUUCAGCGCGGAAGUCUACACAGAGGAGGAUGCCGCCUCAUAUGUCAGAAAAGUCAUUCCAAAAGACUACAAGACGAUGGCAGCCUUGGCCAAAGCUAUUGAAAAGAACGUUCUCUUCUCACACCUGGACGAUAAUGAGAGGAGUGACAUAUUUGAUGCAAUGUUUCCAGUCACCUACAUCGCUGGGGAAACGGUUAUUUUGCAGGGUGACGAAGGUGACAAUUUCUAUGUUAUCGACCAAGGGGAGAUGGAUGUGUAUGUGAACAAUGAAUGGGUGACCAGCAUUGGGGAGGGAGGCAGCUUUGGAGAGCUGGCCCUGAUAUACGGCACCCCAAGGGCGGCCACAGUUAGAGCCAAGACCAAUGUCAAACUGUGGGGCAUAGACAGAGACAGCUACAGGAGAAUACUCAUGGGAAGCACUUUGAGAAAGAGGAAGAUGUACGAGGAAUUCCUCAGGAAAGUGUCCAUUUUAGAGUCUCUUGACAAAUGGGAGCGUCUGACAGUCGCUGAUGCCUUGGAGCCCGUCCAGUUUGAGGACGGACAGAAGAUUGUUGUGCAGGGAGAGCCGGGAGAUGAGUUCUUCAUUAUCUUAGAGGGUUCUGCAGCUGUGCUGCAGCGUCGCUCAGAGAACGAGGAGUUUGUGGAGGUGGGGAGAUUAGGACCCUCUGACUACUUUGGUGAGAUCGCUCUGCUGAUGAACCGUCCCCGCGCUGCCACUGUGGUCGCCCGCGGACCCCUGAAGUGCGUCAAGCUUGACCGGCCCCGCUUCGAGCGCGUCCUGGGUCCCUGUUCAGACAUUCUCAAACGUAACAUCCAACAGUACAACAGCUUCGUCUCGCUGUCCGUCUGAAGGGGCGUCUCUCUCCCACCACCCUCCCUCCACCCUCUCCCUCGUUUCUCCUUUUAGACCCAGGGUCCACGAAUGCAAUUUGCUUUAUUUUUGUCACUUUUUCUUCUUCUUUCUGUUGGCUUUUCUCCCUUUUUCUGUUUUACACACGGAGAUUAUUUUGUUGUUACCACCGUCACACUGAGGUGACUUUCAGCCAUUCACCAGCGCUUGUACCAGCUGCUGUACGCUACCUUGUAGGCACAGUUACAUCACACGUUACCUAUGUUAUAUAUGUAUUUGCUGGUUACGCUUUCUUUUUUAGACUUAAACGCAAAGCAGGAUUGUUAGGAGAUCUGAAAGACUUAAGGGUCUCGGACUGAUGAGACAGGACAAUCAAACUUUACAUGGCGCUUUUGGUGAAUUCGUUGCAGGUUUAUGUUGAGGAUUGAAGAAAAGAGAGGACUUCUUCUUCCCUGUUAAAGAGUUUCCUAUUUGACACCAGUUAGUCUGAUUAGAUCAGAACCUAGAAACUGUAGAAAGCAGGAAGAAUAUGAUUGCAUCAAAUUUUAUCAGGCGUUUUUAAGGUUUUAGCUAUAUGAUGGUUUUGCUCCUCUUGUUUUGGUCACCAUUGAUUGGCACGAUAAGACGAUGACAAGUCGGUUUUGCUUCGUUGGAGAGAGCUUGUACAACUUAAGGUUUCUUUUUUAUUGUGCAGCUACCAGGCUAGUGCCAAAUGUUUAUUAUUGUCACAACGCAGAGAUGCAUAGCCGUGGAAAUGCAGCGCGUGUUCUGUUCCCUGACUAUUUGGAGCUCCAAACAGGAAGUAGUUAUUUCCCUUAGUGUCCUCUUAAUCGGUAGAAAGUCCAUACAAGAACUGCCUUGACUACUCUGAGGGGGGAAAAAAGAAAGGAAAAAAAAAACAAGAGUAUUAAGUGUAUUUCAGUAUUCAAUUUUUUUAGUAUAUACCAAAUAACUUGGUCACUAUUCUGCUAUGGUUUGUAAUCAAAAUGUUAUCAUAGUAUAGUUAAAACGAUCAUAGUUAUAUUAUUAUCAUUGACUUAAUGAUAAACUUAUGGUUUGGAGUGAUGGUGAUCUUAAAAAAAAAUAUGUUUAACUGUCUUUUGUAAACACUUAUUUUUCCAUAAAUUCUAUUUUAGGUGUCCAGUGCCACAAAGUAAAUAAAUGCUCCUUCUUGUCAACUGACAAAAACAGUAUGUAAUCGUAUUGUGUAAAACGUCAUGGGUUAAAACUUUUUAAAAAUAGAUCAAAUGGGUAAUUCCAGGUUUAUUGAAGUGAAGUCUUGAAGAAAAAAAAAAGAAGAAAAAACAAGAAGGUUUAUGGAUUUCAGGACACCUGAAGUAUUUAUGUAUUAAAGCAUCACAGGUGAGCUGACGGGCAGAGUGAGCAGAUAUUUAUUUAAAACUAGUGUCAUUGCUUAUUGCCUGUUGAAAAGGUGGCUGUCUUUUCAUCAGAGUAGCUUGUGAUCUGUUCUCUAUGCUUACUUGGCAUGAUGUUUUAGGCAUCCAGUGAUCCGGUAUGAAUGGAAGCGUGUAUUUAAAAAAUAUAAAAUAAAAAAAAACCUGCAGUCGCGUGCAGAAGCAGGAACUUUGUGAAAUAUUUGGUUUGUUACUAACCUAGCUUAACUGCUUCAUGACUAUUUAGAUGGCAUAAAAUGUUUAAGUCUGUUUUCCUUUUCUUUUUUUUUUUUUUUUUUUUUUUUUUUUUUUUUUUUUAAAGAUCUUUACCAAAUCACAAAAUGUUGACUUCUGGAUUAUAGGCUUAACUCUUCAUUCCUGCCUCACUUGUCUGUUACCAGAAAUGACAUAGAACCAGUCACGUGUUUCUGUUUUGUCUCAUUCAGAGCACUGGGAUGCGCUUAGAAUUGAGAUGUUUGUUUGUUCGUCCAAAAAAGAUUUGAUUUUGGUGCCGAUUGAAGGGUAGUCAGGUCAGUGGGAAGAGUUUUCGUCAAGGGACAAGAGUAAUAUGUAUGUUUCUUUACAGUUAAAUUGAUCAUCCUUCAUCUGAUCCUUAUCCUGAUCCACAGGAAAUGACUCCGUUAGAGGCGUGGGGUUUGACUCACCUUUAUCGAAAUAUUGUUUUAAUGUAAAUACAAGCAUCAUCGGUUUUAGUCCAAAAUGUUUAGCCACACUGCAAUUGUCCCGGUUUGCCUUAGCUUACCUAACCUGGGCUUAUGGUAGUCGUCAGUACACUCCUGCUAGCCCGACCUUCAGUGAGUUUGUUAGGUCUGCAGCGCGGAGAGCUGCAGGCGAUCAGAGGACCAUUCUUUUUCUAUUCUACCCUGUAUUCAGUUUGACCUCCUGUAUGUGCAAAGAUGUUUAUCCUUUUGGUAUAGAUUGUUCCAGAUGGCAGUUUAAGCAAUAAAAAAGUA